AUGUCUGAAGUUCAACAACUUGAAUAAUAAAAAGUAUCAAUUGAACAAAAUUAAGAAAUGUUAUUGAUAUGGAUGUCUUUGAAAAAGAACUUAAGCUCCAAAUUUAAAAGUGCACAAGAUGCAUUUAAAGCUUUGAAAAAAGAUGGAUCCUAAAUAUUAACCAUUGAAGAUUUUUAAGAAUAUUCAAAAGGUUUAGAUUUGUAAAUCUUAACUUUAUUUUAGGUCCUAGUUAUUUAAAAAUGUUGAGUUAAAUAAAAGUAAUUUUGGAAAGGUUUGGGAAAAUUGGGAAUAUAAAUAAAAGUAAAACGAACAUAAAUUAUAAAUAAUAAAUGAAAAACUUAAAUUACUUUCUAUGUUUGAAAAUAAGGAACAAAUUAACGAAACUAAGGCUGAUGUGACAUCAAAUAAAAGUAUUCAAAAACUUAUUAGCAAUUGUGAAUCCCUUGAUUAAUUAUAAGAAAAGUUAGAUUUGUUAGUAGAAGAAGGAUAAAAGUAAAAAAACAAAUCUGAUAUUGUUUAAAAUGAAACAGAUUGCUUUUCUAUUUACUAGCCGAAGAAAAAUGAAUAACAGCCUGAAGAACUAUAUAUUAGUAAAUUACAGUUAAAGGUUAAUGAAGGUGUAGACGGAAAUCUUUAAACUAUAAAAAAGAAUAUUAAAAGCUAUAUUGAUGGUCAACAUCAUCAUUUCAGAAACUAAACUGAACUUAGCAAUGGUUCACUUCUCUAAAGCACUCUGUUAAAUAAGGCAUCUUUAAUAACGAAUCCUAAGCCUUAUAAAUAAUCAUACAUUCCAGAACCUCUACAUCAGAGUUCUCCUCAAAAAGAAUGCUUAACUCUUCGCGUUUAACCCAAAUAGAAUUAAUAAUAAAUAAUAAAAUCUCCCUACGAAGACAGAUAAUAAGAAGAAAGAAAGAGUCACAAAAUUAACAGAAUGAAAGGAGACCUCCAUUCAUAUAUAUCUUAAUUAUUUUUUAAUGAGAGGGAAUUUAGAUAAAAUAAUAUCAUAUACAAUAGGCCUUCAUCAUAAGAUUAAAAAGGAUUAGCCGGAUUUAUGAAUUUCAGACAACAUUUCAAAAAUCAGCAAGAUAAACCUUAGUUUUUUGAACCCUAAGAUUCUAACACAUAAAGGAGAUUUUAAGAUAUUAGGUUAGAUAUAUUUUAAAUUUUAGAUAUAAACUUGAUGACUUUUAAUAACAAAAGCUCUCUUAAUAUAAUUAUAUUACAAAAACUCAGCCAAAUUAUAGUCCUGAGAAAACUGAUAGAACUUAAAACUUAAAUGUUAAAUCAAAUUAGAGCAAUAAAGUAAAUUUGAAAUAUUCACCUGGAAAUACUCAUAGACUAAAUUUAGGUUUUUUAAAAUAAGAAAAGGAAUAAAAUAAUCAGCAAAUCUAAGAUAAAUAAAUCGAAUCUUGA